UAUAGCAAACCGGCCCUAUUAAAUGCUUCAAAAAUAAAGUGAGAUGAUUUAAAUAAUCCAUAUAUGGUUUUAAAGUUUAUGAUCCCAGGGACAAGUAUGCGAAAAUAUUUGGGCGGAUCGUAGCCCUAUCAUCAAGAUAUAUAAUACCCAAACCUAUCCGGGAUCCGGAAAACAAUAACUUUUUCUGAUUUUUCACAUUGUUUUUUCAAAAAUUUGAUAUGGUCACAAGCAUCGGCCAAGACAAUGAAUUAAACAAAAAUGCGUUGACUUAAAUGCAAACAAUUGAUACUGGUUUUAUUCCGGCCGAAGGCUGUGGCCACUUUGAAUUUUGAAAUUUUGUGUCAUCAGUCGUCUGCUUACUUUGACGUUUGCGAAUCAUGGCGAACAGAGUAAGGCAAUUCAACGAUGAAAAAGGAAUAUUCUGAGGACACGCGAUUCAACUUUAAGAUAUGCCUGGUAGUGGUCCUAAGAAUUAUCCUUGUACACUCUGCAAGAAGCGGACAAAGCCAGAUGAAAGGAGACCAGUGAAUAAAGACACCAGGAAAAUUCUACGAAAAUGCUUUAUGAUAGACUGUGCAGAUGGUGUUUUAUGCAGAAAAUGUCGACACAAGUGUGGUAAUUUAAAACCAACAUCAUCUUGUACAGAGAAGUCACGUGUCCCACCCUGUGCAACUCCCAUACAGAGUCCUGUGGGAAAAAGUACUGUUGUGAGCAUGAAGAGUCCACCCUCUGUUACUUUGCCUUUACAAAGCACAGCAAAUACACAUGCCUACUGUGUAUUGUGUAGAAGACCUGGUCCCAAACUUGUUGUGGUUCCUGCACAGACCAGGUUCACCUUUUUCCUAGAGCAGAACAUUUUGAUAUCUUCAGGUGCUCGUUGUUGUCCAGUCCACAUUGUAAAUGACACCAUCAACACAGAGUCAAUAGAAAAUCUGGUUCCACCCAAAGGUACAAGUUUUGUCAACAGGACUACUAUCAUGGAACUUGUAGAACAACUUAGAGAAGAGGCCCUACAAAGAGGAUCCAAGAGAAUAGAUUUUGAUGACCCUUCAUCAUUGUCAGACAAGGACUAUCUCACUUUGACUGGGCUUAGGAAGUGCGACUUUGAUGACUUGCUAUUGCAUGUUCAAUCGGCAGACGUAAGACCAUCAAAGACAAGAACUGUGAGAACUUGCUUAGCAAUUUUUCUGACCAAAAUGAAGACAGCAAUGGACAAUAACAUGCUAGGAGUUUUGUUCAACAUGUCAAAACCUCAGAUAAGGCGAGCUGUAUCUUCUAUAAGACAAGUUCUGUCCAACAAGUUUGUCCCAAACCACUUGGGUUUCAAACACAUCACCAGAGAUGCUGUGAUAAGUGAGCACACAAGACCUCUUGCCAAGGAACUUUUUUCUCCCACCUUCAACCAAGCCAUAUUGGUCCUUGAUGGAACAUACAUAUAUGUUCAAAAAAGUUCACAGUUUUCUUUUCAAAGGCGGUCAUACAGUAUGCACAAACAAAGACAUCUGUUGAAACCAAUGAUGAUUGUCACCACCACGGGGUACAUUGUUUCUGCCAUAGGACCAUAUUUAGCUGACGGCAAAAAUUCUGAUGCCAAAAUCCUCAACCAUAUCAUUGGUACAGACACUGAAGAAAUCAAAACGUGGCUCCAAGAGGAUGACAUUUUGAUAGUGGACAGGGGCUUCAGAGACUCAGCAGGUGUAUUAGCUGAUCUCGGUAUUCAGAUGGAGAUGCCGUCCUUUUUACAAAAAGGACAUAAGCAACACAAAACUGAAGAUGCCAAUAGUUCUCGGUUGAUUACAAAGAUAAGAUGGGUAGUGGAAUCCGUAAAUGCCAGAAUUAAGACAUGGCGCUACUUGGCAAGACAGCUCCCGAAUUCUCAAAUUCCAUAUGUUGGGGAAUAUGUACGAAUCAUUAGUGCUCUCUGCAACAAAUACAGGCCACCUCUUAGCAGUGGAGAUGAAGAGAAUGACUUGCAGACAGCUGCAAAGAUGCGUCACCUCUCUACACAGACUAAUCUGCUGCAGACUGAGGUAGAAUCAAAUAAUUUGCAAAAGAAACGAUAUGUCUGGAGAAAGAUCGAUGACGAGAACAUUGUUAUCCCCGACUUUCCCCAAUAUACAGAAGAGGAAAUCCGGGAACUAACUCUUGGAGUUUACCAAGUUAAGUUGGCGAAACAUUACACCCAGGAACACAUGAGCCAAGAAGGGUAUGAACUUUGGGUCGAUCAUCACCAACCAGGUCUCCUUGCUGUUAAGAUCAAAAGCAGGCAUACAUCAAGCAAAUCCUACCUAUGCUGGAUUAGAUUUGAAGAGGGAGCAGUGACUUCGUGGUAUUGCUGUUGCAAAUCAGGCGCAAGAGUGGUUGGAACGUGUGCACACAUUGCCAGUGUUAUAUGGUAUUUGUCUUUUGCCAGACACUCCCGCGUAAAUCUUGAACUAAGCAAGAACUGGUUGGACUCUGUAUGUGAUGCAGCCAUUAUUCCUGAGGUUGCUGAGGUUGUUGAUGAAAGCGACAGUGAGUCUGAAGCCAUGGAGGAAUGACAUUGAAUAUAUCUAGUUGUAUACUGGGGUAUUUUUGCAAUUCAAGUGUGUUUAUUAUUUGUUUAUUCAUGUCCAGAUUUGUUCACUUGGUGCUUUUUUAAAACCCUGGAACUUGAUGCCACCUUGUUUAAGAUGCAAGUAUGUGUCCUAAAAUUCAUUUUUACAUGAUUUAAUAUGUGGAUGCUUAUACAUGUGUAUUAUGCUCUCAUCUGUUAUUCACUUUUUGAAACAUUUAUAAAUCAUAAUUGUGUUAAAUUGAUGUACAUGUAUAGAAUACAUUACUGCUACUAUAAAUAGAUUCAAACAUUUAACU